GGACGAGAAAGAGGCGGGAUGGCGGAGGAAGAGCGGGAGGAAGAGGAAGAGGAAGAGGAGGGCCAAAGGCGGGUCCAGGCUGAGCAGGAGGAAGCACGCGGCCGAGCCCUCCGUGCAUUCGCAGCCCCCACCUGUGGGAUCAUCGCCCCCCAUGGCGCAGGAUCUCCCAUUCCCAACCCCCGGGAGGCUGUGAGGAAGAGGAGGAUGCCCCGGGAGACGGAGGCAGAGCAGGAGCUGAGCAUGGAGAGCAGGGAGGACAAAUCCCCGCGGCAGAAGCUGGUGGCAGAGGCCGUUUUGAGCGGCUCCACGGCGCAGGAAGCCAACGGGGAGGAAAAGCCCCGGAGAUGCCGCACGAGGAGGGGCUGCAAACGCAGCUGGCGGGGAUCUGAGGGGGAAAGAGCCAGCCUGGGCCGGGAAGGCGGCCGCAGAUGGAGCCAGAGCUCGCAGCUGGUGGUCCGUGAGCAGCUCCGUGAUGGGGAGAAGCCCCACACGUGCGAGGAGUGUGGUAAGGGCUUCAGGAAGAGAUCGAAACUGAUCCUGCACCAGAGGAGCCACACUGGGGAGAGACCCCAUGAGUGUCGGGAAUGUGGGAAGAGCUUCAGCCACAGCUCCAAUCUGAUCAGUCACCAGAGGAUCCACACUGGGGAACGGCCCUAUGAGUGUGGGGAGUGUGGGAAGACCUUCAGAGACAGCUCCAACCUCAAUAAUCACCAAAGGAUCCAUAGUGGGGAACGGCCCUACGAGUGUGGGGAGUGUGGGAUGAGCUUCAGGUGGAGCUCCUACCUGAUCGUGCACCAGAGGAUCCACACCGGGGAACGGCCCUACGAGUGUGGGGAGUGUGGGAAGAGAUGCAGCGACAGCUCCAACCUGAUCGUGCACCAGAGGAUCCAC